GCUGUUUUCUUCUUGUCUGCGUGCUGCUCCAGCCUUCAGACUUCUCUCUGUGAGGAGUUUGGACUAAAGGAAACAACCGCAACCAGAGGAGACAGGAUCCGGGUGUUCGUGGAUUUUUCUCCAGUGGGAAGCAUCAUGUUCACAGCAGUGCUGGUUGCCUUGGCGAUUGGAGGAUUGAUUAUCUUCCUGGUUCAGAGAAGCAGGAACCAUGUUUUAAAGUCAGAGAAUGGCUGGUGGGGAGCCGGAGCGCCCCCUGAUGCUGAGGAAGACGUCACCAUCCGCCCCUUUAAAGUGACCACCAGCGAUGAGGAGCUGGAGGACCUCUACAGGAGGAUGGACCAGACCCGUCCCGUCCCCUCGCUGGAGGACAGCCAGUUUAACUACGGCUUCAACUCCCACUACCUAGAGAAGGUGGUGUCCUACUGGAGGAAGGACUUCGACUGGAGGAGACAGGUGGACAGACUUAACCAGUACCCACAUUUUAAAACCAGUAUUGAAGGCAUCAAUGUUCAUUAUGUUCAUGUGAAACCCAAGAAUUUGCCUGAAGGGACACGUGCUAUUCCCCUCAUGAUGGUCCAUGGCUGGCCCGGCUCAUUCUACGAGUUCUAUGGGUUGAUCCCCCUGUUAACGGAGCCUACAAAUCCAGGGGAUCUAGUGUUUGAGGUGGUGUGUCCCUCCAUCCCAGGAUACGGCUUCUCUGAAGCACCACAGAAGAAAGGUUUCGAUUCAGUCUGUGCUGCACGCAUCUUCCACGAGCUGAUGAAACGUCUGGGCUUCCAGCAGUUCUAUGCCCAUGGAGGAGACUGGGGUUGGCUGGUCACCACUAACAUGGCUCAACUGGAGCCCAAAAUUGUGAAAGGUUUGCACCUGAACUUUGCCCCACCCCCCAAGCCGGGGCUGCUCGUGGUUCUGUCCAUCAUUCUUGGCCGCCACUUCCCAAAACUUUUUGGAUUCACUGACAUGGAUGUUGAGCGACUCUUUCCUUGCAUGAAGAAACUGGUGGUUGAAUCCAUCAAAGAGUCCGGCUACAUGCACAUCCAGGCCACCAAACCAGACACAGUGGGCCGGGCGCUGAACGAUUCUCCAGUCGGUCUGGCUGCUUACAUCCUGGAGAAGUUUUCUACAUGGACGGAUCAUGACUUCAGGAACCUGGAAGAUGGAGGACUCACCAGGAAGUUCUCUCUGGACGACCUGCUCACCAACAUUAUGAUCUACUGGACUUCAGGCUGCAUCAUUUCUUCAAUGAGGUUCUACAAGGAAAACUUUAGCAGAGGUCUGGAUGCGCCCCAUGCUAAGAUACCGGUCUACGUCCCCACCGGCUUCGCCUGCUUCCCCAACGAGCUGAUGCACACGCCCAAGCUGUGGGUCCAACAGAAAUACCACAACCUCAUCAGCUUUUCUCCCAUGCAGCGCGGCGGCCAUUUUGCCGCCAUGGAAGAGCCCCAGCUGAUGGCUGAGGACAUCCAGAAGUUCACGAAAACAGUAGAGAAGCAGCAGCCUGAGAAGAAGCAGUAGAAAGUUGAAUGAUCAGCCGUGCUUGGUGUGGAAUUAUUCUCUUAGUGGCUUAGAACAAUAUAUGGUGUAGUCACAGUACAGUACAGUAUCAGGGACACGCAAGAGAUUUUUUACUUCUAUUUCGAAA